AGAACAAGUAUUCUGUCUACGUCUGUGCGCGUGCGGUGCGUAUCGUCCCUUCUUCACCUGACGCUUCUCCGUCUUCCCAGGUGAUACCGCGCACUACCCGGACACGCUUCAAACCGACUCCUCAACUUUUACAGCGAAAGAACCGCGGUGUUUGGACUUUGCUUGGCACGACCUGUCCUGCUUCAGAGACGUGGAGAGUGGACAUGUAUUUUUCCUCCUUGUUGAUGUUGUGUACGGGCGUAAAAGCGAGAGAAGACUUGGUUCGACCGUAAGCGUCACCCUCACCUUCCUCUAGUGCUCUCCUCUCAUCUUUUCAACUUCGACCUUCUCAAGAUGGAACUAUCUCCUGCAAAGAAGCUGGUUCUCUGACGCCUCUCUGUUCUGGAACUUUCUGUCCCCACAUAUGGACACAUAGCUAGGAUUUAGCAGCUACCUGUGAGCCCUCUCCCAGAUGUUUAUGGAAGCUCCAGUGAAGUCGCUCCAUCAGAAGUGAGAGGGUAGAGCCAUGGGGAAGGAGCAGGACCUUCUAGGGGCUGUCAAGAGUGGGGACCUGCUGCUGGCCCACAAGCUCCUGGCCAAAGUCAAGGGCAACAAAGCAAAGCUGCUGGGUUCCACCAAGAGGCUGAACGUCAACUACCAGGAUCCAGACGGAUUCUCCGCCCUGCACCAUGCCGCUCUGACAGGGACCACUGAGCUCCUGUCCCUACUACUGGACGCCCAGGCCACGGUGGACAUCAAGGACAUCAAUGGCAUGCGCCCUCUCCACUACGCCGCUUGGCAGGGCAAAUCUGACUCUGUCCUCCUGCUCCUCCGCUCGGGCGCUUCGGUCAACUCCCCCUCACUGGACGGGCAGAUCCCCUUACACCUGUCUGCACAAUAUGGACACUACGAGGUGUCGGAGAUGUUACUGCAGCACCAGUCCAACCCUUGUCUGCGCAACAAGGCCAAGAAGACACCACUGGACCUAGCCUGUGAAUUUGGACGAUUAAAGGUGUCACAGUUAUUACUCAGCAGUAACAUGGUGACUGCUCUGCUGGAGGGUGAAGGCGGCCAUGACAGUUCAGAGCCCCCGUCCACCACGCCCCUCCACCUGGCAGCACGCAACGGACACAAGGAUGUCAUCAAGUUGCUGCUCAAAGCUGGUAUCGACAUCAACAGAGCCACAAAAGCAGGCACGUCACUGCAUGAGGCCGCCCUCUACGGGAAGACAGAGGUGGUGCGGCUGCUGCUUGAUGCAGGCAUCAACGUCAACAUGCGCAACACUUACAACCAGACAGCUCUGGAUAUCGUCAACCAAUUCACAACGUCUACAGCCAGCAGGGAGAUCAAGCAGCUGCUCAGGGAGGCGUCCAGCUCUCUCCAGGUGCGAGCUGUGAAGGACUACUGGAACCUCCACGAUCCCACGGCCCUUAACCUCAGAGCGGGGGACAUUGUUUUGGUGCUGGAGCAGCCCUCAGACGGCCGCUGGAAAGGUCACAUCCAUGAUCCCCAGCGUGGGACAGACCGGGUGGGCUUCUUCCCUCCAUCUGUGGUGGAGGUCCUGAGCAAGAGAACAGGGGCCACUCUCUCCCACCAAGCCUCCUUGUCCUGCCAGAGACCCCCAUCCUGCAGAGCUCAUCCCACCUCCGGCCCUGGCCCCGCCCCUCAGACCGAUGACUCAUACCCGGCACCCUGUGAUCCAGCAGGGGACCGGAGCAGUGUGGGCAGUGGGGAGUCUGUGGGCAGUAGUCGCAGUGCGGGUAGUGGACAGAGCACUGAGAGUGGACCCAAGCCCAACGCAGCCCAACGCCACAAUGACACGGCCAAGAUGGCUCCCUCUUCUGGAGAGUCUGGAGACCACAUUCACUUAGCAAAAACAGAUGAAGUGGUAGAGGGAUCGGCAGGUGGGUCCCGGCGCCAGGUCAAUGGCACUCCACAGAAGGGCUUCCUCAGACCUAAGCAGAUCCUGGACGGAAAGGAUGCUGAGGCCAUCUACCAGUGGCUGUGUGAGUUCCAGCUAGAGCAGUACACCACAAACUUCAUCAAUGCCGGGUACGACGUGCCCACCAUCAGCCGCAUGACCCCCGAGGACCUCACAGCCAUCGGAGUGACCAAACCAGGCCACCGCAAGAAGAUCUCCCUGGAGAUCAGCAAGCUGACCAUACCAGAGUGGCUGCCGGACUACAUUCCUUCGGACCUUGGCGAGUGGCUGAGUGUGAUCGGGCUGCCUCAGUACCAGAAGAGGCUGUGUGACAAUGGCUAUGACUCCAUUGGAAUCGUCAAAGACAUCACAUGGGAGGAUCUGCAGGAGAUCGGCAUUACCAAACUGGGUCACCAGAAGAAGUUGAUGCUAGCUGUCAAACGCCUGUGCGAUCUCCAGCGAUCUCGUUGCCAUGGCGACUCCAUCGGGACCCUGCGACGUAAGCCCCCCGCUGCUCUGGAGCUUGUUGCCAUCGAGCACCCGCCCUCCCAUAACCUCUCCCACCAUUCGCACACUGACCCAGCACCAGACGACCUCUGCCCUUCUCCGCGCACUCCCAGGACCCCCAGGACCCUCACGUCAUUCCAGGACAGUGAGCUGAGCGCUGAGCUGCAGACAGCCAUGAAAGGCGGAGCUGGAGGCGGGGCUUCUGAAGCGUUCGCUAUAAGGAGUGUGGCUUCUUCCUCUUCUAAGUCUGUGAGCCAGGAGAGUAUCGGCAUGCGCUCGCGGGGGUCUGGGAAUUCCGGCAACUCUGGGAACUCUUGCCAAGAUGUCCAAGAAAACAAACUUUCAGAUGCGUCUAAUAAACCUUUUGCUCCCAUGACUCCGCCUCUUACCCCGAGUAAAAUGCAGCGAUUCGUGUACCCCGCGGUGCCACCAAAAGUUAAACAGACACUUCACCCACCUCCAUCGCCAACGUCCCCCCCUCCAACGCAUAAAAACUUCAGCUAUGUCCCGGGACACGUUCUAUCAAAACCCCUACCUGGAGCUAUACCAAUUCUUUGUCCUCAACAGGUACCGAAUAACUCAAAGAGGCGUGCCCAAAGCCUUACCCGCUACGCCAUGUCUGAUGGAGAACCAGAUGAGGAGGAAGAGGAACACACCGCUCCAAGAACCACGGCUUCGUCUGCCAUCCUGCCGUCAUACGCCACUCUGUCCCGAAGAACCGCAAGGGGGAUUUCCAACGGGACAGCCCAUGUUAGCCGCAGUCAGUCUUUUGCGGUGAGAGGGAAACGCAAAGGACCUCCGCCACCCCCACCUAAAAGAAUGAGCUCUGUCACUGGAAUGUCGAAUGUUCCAAACAGAGCAGAGGAGUCCGGAGGGGUGGAAAUGGAAAGCGCCGGAAGUGUUCGGAGCAUUGCAGCCAGACUGGAGAGCGGGAGCAGCAGUCCGUCUAGAAGAAUCGACAUCCCGCCCACACAAGUUACAAUGUCACCAAAUUUUAGCCCCACCUCCUCACCCAUGCCAUCUCUGCAAGUUUUCCAGUUUCCGAAUUCCAAACCUGUGCCAGUGCUAGGGGUAAGGGGGCUGAGGAGAACCGGGAGUGAAAGGGUGGAAAGCAAUUCGAACGGGUUGUACGAAUUGAAAAUGAAAUCAGAAAGACAAGUCCAAUGUGUGUCGCCAAAGAGAAGCGCCUCACCGAAAAGAAGCUCAGGCAGCCAUCUUCCGUUUGCAGAGGAAGGGAAUCUGACUAUUAAGCAGCGUCCCAGGACAACAGCGCCUCCUUCUCCUGGCGGGCCAUCUCACCCACCAACCAGUCUGGAGUUCAAUCUCAAAGAGUCCGAUACGGUUAAGAGAAGGCACAAACCAAAAGACGUACUCACUCCAGAAGACCCAACCAUACCAAAUCACGAACAGAGCAACAGUUUAUACAGUGUUCAAAAUGGAGUUGAGCCCCCAGGUGAUGAUGAAUCCCAAAGACCGGUGCUGGUUUUCCAAAGAAUAGGAUCCAUGGGAAAGGGACCCAAGCCACCUGUAUCCGCAAAGCCCUCCAGUCCCCGAAAGAACUUGUGUAGCAGUAACAGUAGACCGACCACCCCUCAGAAAGCAGCCUCUCCACUCCUGGUUAGCUCACACACAGCCAUUCCCAGACUGACCAGUGUGCAGAUCCACACGGUGUCUACUGGGGGGCACCAGAGUGUAGCCAGUCCCAAAGCCGUGGUGCUAAAGCCAGACAGUCCACAGAAAGUGCACAGGAUUCUGCAGUCUACGACAGUACCAGGUCCAAAUGUCAGCGUUGUCCAGAGUGUUGCAUUCACCGCCCCGGGCUCCCCUCCGCUGACCUCUUACCCCAGUGCAGUGAGGGUGUCUCCAGCUUACAGGCAGACCCCUGAGGAGCCCCCCAGCCCUGUGGCCUGUCUGGAGGUGCUUGCUCAGAGGCGCCUGGAGGAGACCAGCACUUCCUUGGAGGCCGCACUCAAGGUGGUCGAAAACAAGCUGGCCCAGGGCAACCGUACGGAAGGUGGAGGUAGCACAGUCAAAGCAGCCGGAAACAUUUUGGACGACAUCGGAAAUAUGUUUGACGACCUGGCCGAUCAGCUGGACGCCAUGUUGGAAUGACCUCCCCUCUCCUCACACAAACUUCAUCUGGACACCAUGUUGGAAUUACCUUCUCUCUCCCUGCACUGUAGCUGGAUGCCAUAUUGGAAUUACCUCCUCUCACCCCACACUGUAGCUGGACAUCAUGUUGGAAUGACCUCCUUUCCCACCAUACCCCAGCCGGACACCCAAAGCCAUGUUGAAAUGAUCUCCUCUCUCCCCAUACUCCAGCUGGACGCCAUAUUGGGAUGACCUCCUCUCACCCCGCACUUCAGUUGGAUGCCAUAUUGGAAUUGCCUCCUCAUCCCUCACACUUCAUCUGGACGCCAUGUUGGAAUGACCUCAUCUCACCGCUCCACACUCCAGCCAUACUCCAUGUUGAAAUGAGCUCCUCUUUCCCCAUAUGCCAUAUCUGAAUGAUCUCCUUGUCAUUGCCCCAUUUGGCACCAUAUGCGAUAAAUACUAAAUUCAUGAAAAUUCUGUAUUUGAACACUUAAUAAAUGUUAGAAAACAGAACAGAGCUGAUUUAGGUCUGACUGCAUACGUAAAACUUGGGAGUUUGCCCAACUAGGAUAGAUGAAUGGAUAUUUAAGCUUAAUAAUAUGUAUGGCUACAGCAGACUGAAAAACAUGCUUUAAAGAGUUAAACAGGUAAAAUUAUCAAAGAUAACAAAUCAGACCGGGUGCCAAAUCGGGUAAUGACACUCUUCUUUACCCCAGUACUUCAGCUGGACACCAUGGUGGGAUAACCUCUGACCCCCACAUACACUCCAGCCGGGCGCCAUGUUGGAAUGACUGUCUUGACAGCACUUGGCCUUCGGGAACACACCUGGGACACAAUACAAACUGAACUAGUAUUCUGCAGAGAUGUGAACCAGGACCUACUCUACUGUUCGUGUAAAUGUCCCCAGAUGUAUACAUGGAUGUGCGUAGUGCAACGUCUUUAUACUAUGGAUAUAUUUAUAACUAUAUUUUAUGUUUUCUAACCAGAGUUGAACUGUUUAUUAGCAUUAUUUGUGUAUAUUGCUGCUACGUGUAUUAUUGACGUGUUAACAGUAGUGUAUUCUCAAAGCAAAUGUAUUAUAAGGGAAGCAGCCAUUAUUUAAAGCACUGUUGACUCAGGUGUGGUUCAGACAAGGGGCAAAAAUU